AACUUUAACUCCCUCAUGUCCUUCGGCAGAGACAUGGAGCUGGAGCACUUUGAUGAGCGGGAUAAGGCGCAGAGAUACAGCAGAGGGUCGCGGGUGAAUGGGCUGCCCAGCCCAACGCACAGCGCCCACUGCAGCUUUUACCGAACCCGCACUCUGCAGACCCUCAGCUCCGAGAAGAAGGCCAAGAAAGUUCGUUUCUAUCGAAACGGAGAUCGAUACUUCAAAGGGAUUGUGUAUGCCAUCUCCCCAGACCGGUUCCGAUCUUUUGAGGCCCUGCUGGCUGAUUUGACCCGAACUCUGUCCGAUAACGUGAAUUUGCCCCAGGGAGUGAGAACAAUCUACACCAUUGAUGGGCUCAAGAAGAUUUCCAGCCUGGACCAACUGGUGGAAGGAGAGAGUUAUGUGUGUGGCUCCAUAGAGCCCUUCAAGAAGCUGGAAUACACCAAGAACGUGAACCCAAACUGGUCUGUGAACGUCAAGACCACCUCGGCUUCCCGGGCAGUGUCGUCACUGGCCGCUGCCAAAGGGAGCCCUUCGGAGGUGCGGGAGAAUAAGGAUUUCAUUCGGCCCAAGCUGGUCACCAUCAUCAGAAGUGGGGUGAAGCCACGGAAGGCUGUCAGGAUUCUGCUGAACAAGAAAACUGCUCAUUCCUUUGAGCAGGUUCUCACUGAUAUAACCGAUGCCAUCAAGCUGGACUCGGGUGUGGUGAAACGCCUGUACACCCUGGAUGGGAAACAGGUGGUGUGCCUUCAGGACUUUUUUGGUGACGAUGACAUUUUUAUUGCAUGUGGACCGGAGAAGUUCCGUUACCAGGAUGAUUUCUUGCUAGAUGAAAGUGAAUGUCGAGUGGUGAAGUCUACUUCCUACACCAAAAUAGCUUCAUCAUCCCGCAGGAGCACCACCAAGAGCCCAGGACCUUCCAGGCGCAGCAAAUCCCCUGCAUCAACCAGCUCAGUUAAUGGAACCCCCGGUAGUCAGCUCUCUACUCCGCGCUCCGGCAAGUCACCAAGCCCAUCACCCACCAGCCCAGGAAGCCUGCGGAAGCAGAGGAGCUCUCAACAUGGCGGCUCCUCUACUUCACUUGCAUCCACCAAAGUCUGCAGCUCAAUGGACGAGAACGACGGACCUGGAGAAGGUGAAGUGUCAGAGGAAGGCUUCCAGAUUCCAGCCACAAUAACAGAACGAUAUAAAGUCGGAAGGACAAUAGGAGAUGGAAAUUUUGCUGUUGUCAAGGAAUGUGUAGAAAGAUCGACUGCUAGAGAAUAUGCUCUGAAAAUUAUCAAGAAAAGCAAAUGUCGAGGCAAAGAGCACAUGAUCCAGAACGAGGUGUCUAUUUUAAGAAGAGUGAAGCAUCCCAAUAUCGUUCUUCUGAUUGAAGAGAUGGAUGUGCCAACUGAACUGUAUCUUGUCAUGGAAUUAGUAAAGGGAGGAGACCUCUUUGAUGCCAUUACUUCCACUAACAAAUACACUGAGCGAGACGCCAGUGGGAUGCUGUACAACCUGGCCAGCGCCAUCAAAUACCUGCACAGCCUGAACAUCGUCCACCGCGACAUCAAGCCAGAGAACCUACUGGUGUACGAACAUCAAGAUGGUAGCAAAUCACUGAAGCUGGGCGACUUUGGGCUGGCCACCAUUGUUGAUGGCCCCCUGUACACAGUCUGUGGCACCCCAACAUAUGUGGCUCCGGAAAUCAUUGCAGAGACUGGAUAUGGCCUCAAGGUGGACAUCUGGGCAGCUGGUGUGAUCACUUACAUCCUGCUGUGUGGUUUCCCUCCGUUCCGUGGAAGUGGUGAUGACCAGGAGGUGCUUUUUGAUCAGAUUUUGAUGGGACAAGUGGACUUUCCUUCUCCGUACUGGGAUAAUGUUUCUGAUUCUGCAAAGGAGCUCAUUACCAUGAUGCUGUUGGUCGAUGUCGAUCAGCGAUUUUCAGCCGUGCAGGUCCUUGAGCAUCCCUGGGUUAACGAUGACGGCCUCCCAGAAAAUGAACAUCAGCUGUCAGUAGCUGGAAAGAUAAAGAAGCAUUUCAACACAGGCCCCAAGCCGAAUAGCACAGCAGCUGGAGUUUCUGUCAUAGCAACCACCGCUCUUGAUAAGGAGAGGCAGGUUUUCCGACGAAGACGCAACCAGGAUGUGAGAAGCCGGUACAAGGCACAGCCGACUCCGCCUGAACUCAACUCAGAAUCAGAAGACUACUCCCCAAGCUCCUCGGAGACUGUUCGCUCCCCAAACUCGCCCUUUUAAUAAGACCCUUUUACUCGAAGUCCUAGCUUAACCCUUUGAGACUCUGAGAUAUUUUUUCCAAAUUUAUGUAAAAACAGUUUCAUCUGAUCUAUCUAGCACUCAAUGCUUGAAUGGCAGAACAGAAAGUGUGUGUUCUGGUAUCUUUCGUGGCGAUUUCCCUUUGUAGCUGAAUGAGAUGACAAAUUGUUGUUUGUGAAGAUGGCAACUUGUUGCUGAUACAGUCCUCAAAGGGUUAAGGCUAAUUUGCAACUUUUUUAAACAUAGAAGUAAUGAAUGUUUUCAUCCUGUCAAGCUAGGAUCUGCAGUAUGUAAUAUAGCACAUGUUAACCCUCUGAGUGCAUAGGAUUUUAUGGAGAAGGCUUGGGGAAUUUUUCAGGCCUUUGGAUGUAUAUGCACAUGUUUCUUGAUUUUGCUGCAGAUCAAGGAGUGUUGUUAGAUGCUGAGAUGUCCAGAUAAGAAGGGCAUCUAGAAUGAUGUCUUGCUUGUCCUUUUUUGUGGGUUUAGAACAUGGCAGGUUUAUAACUUAUGCAUAAGCACCCCUCUUCUUCACAAUCCUAUUAAGGAAGGGACUUUUUUCGUUAGAGGUAUGACUGUCAGCUGCCGUGAGUCCUGCAUCCUGAGUGGAGGGAACUGGGUCUGUGCCAGACAGACUGACUCAGGAAAAAGAUGGUGCCCUCUCCCCCAAAUUGUCUCCAUAUGAAGAUGUGCUGAUGACACCCCAGAAAUGCUGCUUCCACAUCAGCUGCUACUAGUGCCAGUGCAGACCCUCGGGAAGUCACCAUACCUUGUCUUGUGGUUGGUGAGUGAGGGUCUGCCUACUCAAUAUGAGACAUUUAUAGGAAAAAACAACUGGUGGAAAAGAGCAAUAAAUUGCCAGGUGCUCUAUAGGGCUGGAAUUUCAAAUAGAAAGAGGAAACAAGAUCCUGUUCUUUUUCUCACCUGCUUUUUCAUGCACUGCAGUCUUCAGUGUGAAAUCCAAAUAGAGUAUGAAAUCCAUACAGGAGCGCUGGGGCAGAGAGGACUAGAGGCAAGUGCUUUGCAAGGUGGCCGAGGAGAAAGCACAGUGGGAAAACAAUCCAGAAUGUUCUAAAAAUAAGUUUUAAGGGAAUAAACCACUAGUAGAUAAUUUCAUGUGCACCUUUAGGUUACCUACAUAUAGUCUCCCAGGAAGAACAGGAUGGGAGACUUAGAGGAUGAAACUUCCAUUCCCUAAGAUGACCUUUUUAUAUCACUGUCUUUAGCUGUCCAGAGGCACAUGUUUUUCUCUCUGAGGGCCAAGUCCUACCUGAGACGUGUAUUUUCACUCCUGUUACCAAAUCUUUGUCCCUAGCCCUGUGUCUCCAGUAAGUUUCUUCUGGAAUGUGUUGUAUUUCAGAAUGGCCUGCCACUCCCUGUACGUCACUGCAAUGCUUAGAGAGGAGGCAAGCUAUGGUGUCUUGGAGGCAGGGGCCCAACUCAAGCAUCCUCCUAAGGUUUGCUCAGCUUUGUCACCCAGGAGACAACCAGUGAGUGAUGUCUCAUGAAAUUUGCAUCUGGAUGGCUGAACAGCACUUACUGUCUCUGUUUUGAAUACACUUCAGUAUCUGAAAGUCUUGAAAUUUGUAUGCGACCUAAUCAGUUCUUUAUUUUCAAAUACACAUUGGUCUUCAAUUGCUGCUUUUUCCUCUUCAACUCAUAAACUAUGGUCUAUGUUGUUAUAGACUGUAAAAUCACAACAUGUCAUAACUUUUGCAACGUAGUCUCCCCAGUUUUUCACUCUUCCACGUUUAGGUUUCUCUCUUUGGUCUGUCUGGUCCUGACAUGUAAAUGCUGGAUCACUUAUUGAGAGUUUUUUCCCUUUUUAGAGAGUCCUGAAAUAAUAACACACAACAUCACAAUGUAGCACAGAUCAGUUGGUUUUUUGGAGAGAGGGGGAGGGCAGAACACCAGAAGGGUGUUGGUGUGUAGGGAGAUUCCAUAUAAGUAAAGUACCCUGAACUGGUCAGAAAUUACUGCUUUCUCUAGAACUAUAAAGCAAAGCACUAUUGUAAGUAAGACCAAGGAGUAGCUAUAUAGCUUGGCCGCAACUCUAAAUGUAUAAAUAUGAAGACUCUUAUGGGCAGAGACCUUCCUGCAAUAGAUUGUCACUUUCCUUUCUUUCUCUGAAUUACUGCUUUUCCUGUGGGCAUUACAUGUUUUGCUACAGCAUCUAGUGUACAGAACUUCUAGUGCAUGGCUCAGGCCUUUCUCCAUUCAAGUCUGGGGUGACUGUGGACCAUGUGAAGCUGUGGAGUGUUUCUCAGCACGCUGCAGAGGGGCAGCUCAGAAGAAUGCAGGGCCCAUUCAGCACGGGGAUCCCAGCGCAUCACUGUAGAAUUUGAGUGAUCUAUGCUGAAUAAACAGUGGAAUGUGACCUGUCAAGUAGAAAUAUUGAGUAAUCAGAUGGAAUGCAAUCUUUUCAGCAUUAAGCUAUCGAGAUCCUGAAUGUCAGAGGUGUACUCAGAGGGUUAACAGACAAGCACAAGGCAUGCUGAUUAUGUUGGUGUAUCCAGACUGCUUCGCUUUUUGCCAGUGCUUUCUAAUUUUUUUCAUGACAUUCUUGGGAUAGUUCAAGUUUGAAAUAAUUAAGUGGUGGUGUUCUUCAAGGAAUUUCUAUAACCAAAUUGAUCUUAUUUUUUAUUUCACUUUAUCAUAGAAUAAAUAUGUACCAUUAUGGCAGUGUAUCUCUGUAAUUAUCAACUUAAUCAUUGCCACCGGUGUUUCCAUACUUUUUUCCUGGUAUUUAAUAUAGCUCUUAUGGUGGUGGCCUGGUGGUGGGGACUGUCUUUCCUUUAUUGAUACAUGACCAACCAUAUGGUGUUUUCAAGGGAAUUUUAAGAUUCAUCUCUUCUGUUCGGUAGUAGACUAGUUGAGGAAGAACUCCUUCAUUACAUGCAUCGUGUAAAUCAUCUCCAUAGCUGAGAACUGUUCAUACUGAUGAACAUGUUUUUUCUCAACCGUGUAGCAGAAAUCAUUUUAUUCGUCCUAAUCAAUGAAUAUGUGAUUUGCUCCAAAUCGUUAGAAAGAAAAAUAAGAUUUCAGUCACUGAAAAUGUUUUUACUGUAGCCCUCAUCUAACUUACACGUGGUGCAUAUUAAAAUAAGCAGAAGAAAAAAUGUGAAUAAACUGCUGAAAACGUUUGGUGUUUUGUAUUCAGUGAGACCUUCCUGCAGCCUGCUCAGCACCCCCAUGGGUGGUGGUUAACAGGCCCGUCAGAUACUGUUGAAAGAAAGCAAUAUAUCCGUGAAUGAAGGCUAAAAUUGCAAUCCUUUACCCUUUGAGGCAUAUUUCAGUUGGAAAAAAAAGAGAAGAAAA